AUGGCUGAGCUAAUCGGAACAGAAUCAGAUGGUAUAGAUUCCAUUAGCAAUGAGUUAUCAGAGCUAGAAAGGAGCCUGGGAUCAUCAUUUUGGCUUCAGGGAUUGAGUUUUCGAAGCACUUCGGCUGUAAGCACAACAAAAGAUGAUACCAAUGAUGAAUAUGAUCUCCAAUGGGCUGCCAUUGAGAGGUUACCAACUUUUGAGCGGUUGAGGUCGUCACUGUUUGAGUGUGAGAUCGAUGGAAGGGCAGUUGAUGAUAAAGGAAAGAAAGUGGUUGAUGUUUCCACGCUUGGUGCAUUGGAACGUCAUUUUUUCGUAGAGAAGCUCAUCAGGCAUGUCGAGAAUGACAACCUUAAUUUGUUGCGCAAGAUCAGAGACAGAACAGAAAAGGUUGGUGUCAAAUUGCCCACCAUAGAAGUGAGAUAUCUGAAUUUAUGUAUUGAAGCAGAUUGUGAGAUAGUUCAAGGAAAGCCCCUGCCUACUCUCUGGAAUUCCCUAAAGAGCAUGCUUCCUGGUAUUCCUGCAAUGCCAGGUUCAGAGUCACGUAAGGCCAAAAUAAACAUCAUUAAGGAUGUCGGUGGAAUUAUAAAGCCUGGAAGAAUGACUCUACUGCUUGGACCGCCUGGAUGUGGGAAAACUUCCUUUCUAAAGGCUCUUUCAGGGAUUCUAAGCAAAUCACUCAAGGUCACUGGAGAAAUAUCAUAUAAUGGCCACAAGCUUGACAAGUUCAUCCCGCAAAAAACGUCUGCUUACAUAAGCCAAUAUGAUCUGCACAUUCCAGAAAUGACCGUGAGGGAAACACUGGACUUCUCUGCCCGUUGUCAGGGUGUUGGAAGCCGAGAAGAUAUCAUGAUGGAGAUCAGCAGAAGGGAGAAGGAAGCAGGAAUUGUUCCAGAUCCUGAUACAGAUACUUACAUGAAGGCAAUUGCUCUCAAAGGACUUAAAAGAACUCUUCAGACGGACUAUAUUUUAAAAAUCCUAGGGCUGGAUAUCUGUGCAGACACGUUGGUUGGAAAUCCCAUGAGAAGAGGAAUCUCAGGUGGUCAAAAGAAAAGAUUGACUACAGCGGAGAUGAUUGUUGGCCCAAAUAAAGCUCUAUUCAUGGACGAGAUAACGAACGGCUUGGACAGUUCAACGGCCUUUCAGAUUGUUUCUUGUCUUCAGCAACUAGCACAUUUGACAGAUGCCACUAUACUGGUUUCGCUUCUUCAGCCUGCCCCAGAAACAUUUGAUCUGUUUGAUGACCUUAUUCUGAUGGCUGAAGGGAAAAUCGUCUACCAAGGCCCUUGUGACCAAGCUCUAAAGUUUUUUGAGGACUGUGGAUUCAGGUGUCCUGAAAGAAAAGGGGUUGCCCAUUUCCUCCAAGAGGUUAUAUCAAGAAAAGACCAAGCACAAUAUUGGCAGCGUCCUGAGCUACCGUAUAGCUAUAUGUCAGUCAAUAUGUUCUGUAAAAAGUUCAAGGAAUCUUAUUGUGGGAUGAAGCUAGAUCAGGAGCUUUCAGACACAUUUGAUAGGUCCAAAAUCCACAAAAAUGCUGUUUCUUUUAAUGUAUACUCUCUGUCCAGAUUGGAACUUCUGAGAGCAUGCACAGCGAGGGAACUUCUUCUCAUGAGGAGAAAUUCUUUCAUCUAUGUUUUCAAAUCAGUACAGCUCAUUUUCAUUGCAUUUAUCACGAUGACUGUAUUCUUGCGGACUCGGAUGGGAAUAGAUGUUUUUCAUGCCAACUACUAUAUGGGCUCUCUGUAUUAUGCGCUAGCCAUACUCCUCAUUGAUGGAUUUCCGGAAUUAGCAAUGACCGUUUCAAGGCUAGAAGCCUUCUAUAAACAAAAGGAGCUGUACUUUUACCCUGCUUGGGCUUAUGCAAUUCCAGCAUCUAUACUGAAACUUCCUCUUUCACUGCUGGAAUCUGUGGUUUGGACAUCUCUCACAUAUUAUGUGAUUGGAUACAGUCCUGAAGUAGGAGGUAAGUUCUUCCGCCAACUAUUACUUCUUUUCUCUGUGCACUUGUCCUCAGUAUCCUUGUUCCGUUUUCUUGCCUCAAUCUUUCAAACUAUGGUUGCCUCCACCUUAGCUGGUAGUGUUGCAUUACAGAUUUUGAUGCUAUUUGGUGGUUUCAUCAUCCCGGAACCCUCUAUGCCUGCUUGGUUGAAGUGGGGUUUCUGGGUCUCUCCAAUAACAUAUGGAGAAAUUGGACUUUCUGUCAAUGAACUUGAUGCUCCACGAUGGCAAAAGAUAUUGUCAUCAAACACUACAGUAGGGAGUGCGACCCUUGAAAGCCGAGGACUAAACUUUGAUGGGUAUUUCUUUUGGGUAUCAAUCGGUGCCUUAUUGGGAUCUACUUUAGUGUUCAACAUCGGUUUCACUUUGGCCUUAAGUUUCUUGAAGCCUCCAGGAUCAUCACGUGCUAUCAUUUCACGUGAGAAGUACUUGCAUAGUCGUGAAACUGAAGAUUCUCAUGACAGCAUAAAGCAUGAAGAGACAAAGAAAUCACGCAAUUAUUAUUUUUGAUGUUCCUUUAAAAUUAUUAAACCAGCUUCUUUAUUUCAAACAGGCAGGAUGGUGUUACCUUUCACACCGUUGACGCUCGUUUUUAACAAUCUGCAGUACUACAUAGACACCCCUGUGGAAAUGAGAGAACGAGGAUUUGCACAGAAAAGACUGCAACUUCUCUCUGAUAUCAUAGGCGCAUUCAGACCUGGUAUUCUUACCGCGUUGAUGGGUGUGAGCGGAGCUGGGAAAACUACUCUUAUGGAUGUCCUUUGUGGGAGAAAAACUACCGGCUAUAUUGAAGGAGAAAUAAAAGUCGGUGGUUAUCCCAAGGUUCAAGAAACAUUUGCAAGAAUCUCCGGUUACUGUGAGCAAACAGACAUACAUACCGCACAAAUCACAGUGGAAGAAUCUGUCAUAUUUUCCGCAUGGCUUCGUUUGGAUCCUCAGAUUGACUCAAAACGUAAAAUGGAAUUUGUUAAUGAAGUCUUGGAGACAAUCGAGCUUGAUGGAAUAAAAGAUUCUUUAGUGGGCAUACCUGGCAUUAGUGGUCUAUCCACAGAGCAACGAAAACGACUCACAAUCUCUGUAGAGCUUGUUGCAAAUCCUUCCAUAAUCUUUAUGGAUGAGCCUACAACAGGACUUGAUGCUAGAGCUGCUGCGAUUGUCAUGCGAGCAGUGAAGAACAUAGUUGAUACGGGAAGAACAAUAGUUUGCACCAUCCACCAACCCAGCAUUGACAUAUUUGAGGCUUUUGAUGAGUUGGUUUUAUUAAAAACUGGUGGACGGCUGAUUUACUCAGGACCCUUGGGACAUAACUCAAGCAAAAUUAUAAAAUACUUCGAGAGUAUUCCAGGGGUGCCAAAGAUUAAGAGCGACUGCAAUGCAGCUACAUGGAUGCUAGAAGUGACUUCUACCUUAGCUGAAGCUGAACUUGGGAUUGAUUUUGCUCUAAUAUACAGAGAAUCGACAUUAUAUGAGACCAACAAAGAACUUGUAAACAAGUGGAGCACUCCACCUCCCGGUAGUAGUGACUUGCACUUCGCCUCCCAAUUCUCGCAGAACAGGUGGGGACAAUUCAAGUCAUGUCUCUGGAAGCAGUGCUUGUCCUAUUGGAGAAUUCCUCCUUACAACUUGAUGCGUAUCCUUUACACAAUUGCCGCGUCUUUUCUGUUAGGGGUACUGUUCUGGAAGCAAGGGAAGAAAUUAAACAACCAGCAGAACUUAUUCAAUGCAAUUGGUUCGAUGUAUAUAGCCGUUAUCUUCUUGGGCGUAAACAAUUGCUCAUCAGUACUACAGUAUAUUGCUAUGGAACGGACCGUCAUGUAUCGUGAGAGAUUUGCAGGGAUGUACUCUUCAUGGGCUUUUUCACUAGCACAGGUUGUUGUUGAGAUACCAUAUGUACUAGCUCAAGCAAUUAUAUUCGUGAUCAUCACCUAUCCGAUGAUCGGUUAUUUUGGGUCAGCAUACAAGAUUUUCUGGUACUUCUAUGUCAUGUUCUGCUCAUUGCUGUCAUACAAUUACCUCGGAAUGCUGCUCGUGUCCCUGACAACAAAUUUCACGGUGGCUGCAAUUCUACAAUCUGCCUUCAAUGCAAAUUUCAGUCUUUUUGCUGGGUUUUUAAUCCCAAAACCGAGAAUUCCAAAAUGGUGGAUCUGGUUGUACUAUGCGUGUCCAACAUCAUGGGCACUUAACGGUAUGCUAACUUCGCAGUAUGGAGAUAUUGAUAAGAACAUAUCGGCAUUUGGAGAUACUAAAACUGUGGUGGCCUUCUUGAAGGAUUAUUUCGGAUUUCACCAUGAUCAAUUGUAUGUUGUGGCGAUUGUCCUCGUCGCCUUUCCUGUUGUUCUAGCAACUCUUUUCGCGUACUGUAUAGGGCACUUGAAAUUCCAGAGAAGGUGA